CAGAAAACUCCUGCCAAAGUCAUGUCCUGAAAGUAUCGGCAGUAAUCCUUAUUAGCGGGGGCUUUGAACUUUCCCAAAGCUGAUCCAUCUCACCAGAAGAGUUUAAGCUGACGCGUGUUAGAUCGUGACAGUUUCUCCUCACAGGUUAUAUUUGGCAACGUGUCCAUAACGAAAUCAGUCGCGCCUAUCAACGAAACAGAAACUAUGCUUUGAUGAACAUACAAAAAUUAUUUUAAUUUGAUCAUUUCGACUAUUUAUAUCGAAAUAUUUUCCUUGAAGCGAAACACAGUAUUUUCGAUUAAAAACCAAUAAUCUUCUUCCUGCCAAUUCAGUUAAAGAUUAAUUUAUGUUGAUACAUUCAAACAAGAAAACAGACUAUAGCUAAUUAUUUGAAACUUCAGUCAAGAGAGCACAGAAUGAUGACAUUGAACUGCAGAGUGACUCACUCUCCUGUUCAGUUCGUGCGACCGAUCCUCUACUUAUGCGCGGCGGGAAUCAUCUUGAAUACCGCCUCGGCGACAAACGGAGUUGGAGGUGUCCAGCACGCACCCAUCACAGCGCUGCUGCCUCCACCAGCACCCUUGAGAGAUGGCUCAUCGCGACCGUACGCACUGACUUCCAUUGCGUCUGGGUCGAGGUCGUCACCAUUUGAUACGACUUUGUUCAAGUACACAGGCGGGACACAUAUCUGGCCUCCUGGGUAUUUCCAGGGCGAAGAAGCAGGCGACGCAGGGAGCUUAGUCGUUAGAAAUGGCGGGAUGGCUGGAGUUGGUGAAGGAGGAGGGAUAAGUGGAAGUACGUACGGCGGAGGUGGAGGAGAAGAAGAACUGAAAGGUGAAAGAGGACCCAACGUAGAAGAAAUUGGCAGUCCAUACGCAAGUGGAGGGGUAGAAGGCUUCAGGCAUUACGGGGAGAGAGGAGUGGCACCAUUUGGAAAUGGCGAAGAUUUUGGCUUUUCACGAGUAGGUUUACCGAGCCGCAUGGGCUCCAGAGCCGAAGAUUGGUCUACGGGACCCGAAGGUGUUCGGCUUCUGAAAGCUCUGCUGCGUGUUUUCCCAUUGGCAAAUGACGAAGAGUUUAUGGAAUCCAGAGAGCAGGCAGCGCAAGGGGGAACUUCAAAUGCAAAUGAGCAAGGCUUGGACUCCACUGAGAUGAACGAAGACGAACAACAACCAAGCCGGUAUCCCAACAACGAAGAAUCGAACCAAAUUCAGCCAAAACUUCAGUCAAGCGAUUACAAAUCCUUCCAAACGGCGGGCUCGUUCCAGAAGGCUCAGCUAGCAGAACACAAUCUUGAGCAGAUGGAGCCGCUGAAGCAGCUCGAGGAGCCGAGUGUCAAGCGUGGUUUCUACGACACAAUUGCAGGCGUGAAGAAUUGGUUUGGCAACAACAACCAUCUGCGCCACAGACCGGUUGUCAACCGCAGAGCACCAGAGAGCAAGCACUACAGCUGCAUUAAGAACUGUAUACAAGGAGGCAAGCUGCACCCCAUACAGUGCCACACGCUCUGUUAAGCCGCGCCACAUUCCACCCAUUCUCGCCAGAGUUUACUGAAGUCUAUGAUGUGUAUAAAGAAAUAUGGGACUUGCUACAGGCGUUGACUGCACUCGACUUCAAAGCAGGCUUUUCUGGUCCAGAAAUUUUGCCAACGAAAUGGAGUAUUAAUCGAGUAUCCUGCUGUUUGGAAAUCCCUCUUGUGGUUACUUUUUCGUAUGUUUCAAUAAUGCAAUCCUAGUAAGAAAAACAUUAGGAAAUUAUAUCAUAAAUUUUUCGCAAGUAGAAAUUUUUAAAUUGAAAGCAUUCUAUACGAUUGUUCAAUAUUUCCAUUAAUGUUGAAUUUAAAGUGCUUGAAAAUUUCAUCACACAUGACAAUAAGUAGUUAAGCUCACUAGGAAAAUCCACGACCAUUAGUCAGUUGAAUGCGGAGCCAACACACGUCCCUAUUUAUCAAAUUUUCAUCGCAUUCGGGAAGAUCAACAUUCACAGCUGAUCUGAAAAUUACAAUAAAAAGCUGGAAUUAGCGCCCUAUAUGAGAGCGGCGUUUUUAAAUUUGAAAGGUGCUGGAAAUAAUCUGUUAAGUAUAAUCCGUUUAUUAAAGCUGCUGAACAUUACGUUGUGGAACUCUUCACGUUUCCAUAAUGCACGCAUCAAUCCAUUUUAUGUUCAAUGUUUCUGUAAACAAAUUAUUACCAUUUGGUCAAGUGACAAUUUUUUACUUAUAAUUAAUACAUGGCAUUAAGUCAAUAAAUCACACAAUAAGCUAUACAACGAAAACGCAGUCAAAUUAAUAAAUAACUGGCGGAACAACCCUACGAUUGACAAUAAUGACAAGGACUCUUUUAAGAAAAUUAUGUCGCCGUUUAAAACAUUCCUUGGUAUAGGGAUGGAAGCUGAAAGUUAGCAUGCUUUAUGCAUUAUUUAAUAAAAACAUUAUUUACCUUUAUACUCUCAGUCGCUAAUAAAAAGAAGUUCUUUUUUUUGCCAUGAUCAUGAUCACAGCAUGUUCGGUUUAAAAGUAAUCAGGGUGUUAAGUUUGAAUCAAUUGCUAAUUAAGAUUUUUUCCGUCUUUUUAAAAAAGAGAAUAUUCUUGCGGUUUUGCUGCGUCUCCAACUGUUGAAGAAUUAACAGUAGAGAAAGGCAGGUUCAUUCCUUCUUGCUGGUAUUUUCCCUGAUCCUGAACCUUACAUAUAGAACAUUACAUUUUUUUAUAACUCUCAUGCAUUGAUCACUUCUAAGAUUUUACUAUUUUUUGGCCGACAUCGUAAAUUUCAAAAUAUACCAUUGAGAUAAGCAAAUAAAUGAAUAUUUUUAAUGAACAAUCUCAUUAGAAUAUUCACGAAGCUUUUAGAUCCUCUUCAAAGGAAAUCUUUUUGCCCACAUGACUCAGGUACUAUAAACACAAUUAAAUUAAUCCAGUUAAAACUCAAAUGAUACAUAAAGCAACACAGGAAAUUUUUACCGAUUGGAAGCGGUCAAUCAAAGUAUCAAAUUGAAACACAGUUGAAUGAAUUACAGUAAAGUUGAAACACAAUUGUGUCAAAUCCUCAUUCACUCUUUAGGAAAACUUAUACGCAAAUUCAGAACGCAAUCAAAUAAACACGAAUAAUUUUCUAGGGAUAAAUGUUAAAGCUAAAAGUGAACAAAACAAAAAAUAAGGCUUCGAAUUAAACCUUCCUUUCACUGUAUAUCGUAAUGUUCUGUUAAGUAGCUCAAGAUUAUAGAUAUUUCGUCGCGUUUUAAAACCACUUUGGUUUCAUUUCGGUCGGUGAUUGAGAUCAGCCAAAAUACACGGUUUAAGUAAUUAUUUAAAAAAUAUGAAACGCUUAAUGUAUUCAGGCCCUCAAAUGUUAAAUUUAUAAUGUGUUACAACCUCGUACAUUCAUUAUGAGCUUUGAAAUUCACAUUCAAAAAUAAUGUUUUCAGUCCAAGGCAAUAAAAUCUAGCCGCUGUACUACAAACACAAGUUGGUAGAAUUACAGAGCACUAAACCAUUGAAUACAAGUAAAUGACUUGAACCUUCCCUGCCAAUUGUGUAGGCAAAGUUCCAAUAAAUAUUAUAGUAAGUGUGAAGAAUGGAUAAUACAUAUGCUGCA